CUGGACCUCCGCAGGCAACUCGAUAUUAUAUUAUGAUUCCUUCCGCCCCAGGAUUGUGUUAUUUCCUCACCGACCAACUGUCUUCUCCUAACACCUCAACCUUACCUCUGCAGUACCGUUUCUCUAACACCAUCUGAAACUUUGACAAUGCAUUUCUCCACACUGCCCACUGAGAUUAUCCUGAUAAUCGCAGAGACCUCAGAUUCACAGUCAACCAUUAAUGCUCUAGCUCAAGCAAAUCGCGCACUUUAUUCUUUGUUGAAUUCCUUUCUCUAUCGGUAUCAUGUGCGACGUUAUGAGCCAGCACCCGCCUUAACGUGGGCAGCGCGAUAUGGCCAAUCGAGGACCUUACAGAACUUGCUCAGAGCGGGCGCUGAUAUUUAUUGUGAGGCAUUAUGGGACGCAAUGCAUGGGCCGAAUGAGAGUCACCCGAUCUACAAAGCAGCAUCCAACGGUUGCACCAGUAUUGUCAAGAUCUUACUAGACGAGGGAAUGAGCACCAGGCUGACAGAUUCGAACUACGAUAAGAUGCUGCGGCUAGCAGUAUCAGCGAACAGAAUUGAUAUGGUGAGGUUACUACUAGACCAAGGCGUGAAUCCGUGGUACAAAUCCAAGGAUAUGUCCAUUAUCUGCUGCGCUGCACGGCAGGAACAUUCAGAGAUAGUCAAGCUGCUGUUGCAGGACGGAGAGAAUCGAGAUCCCUUCUCGCACGGCAUCAUACAUCAGGAAAUUUCUCGAACACUAAUGUCUUAUUCGGAAUGCUCUGGAAAUGAGGAGAUUGCGCGUAUGCUUAUAGCCAGUGGCGCCGACGUUAAUUCCAUACAUCACGGUGGGAUCUUCCACGAUCUUAGCGCCACUGCUCUGGAUACGGCGGCAUGGUACAGGAGAGUGUCAACGCUAAAGCUCCUUCUGGCGGCAGGGGCGAAUCCAAAUCUCGUGAAUAGUGACAGAAAGGGCCCUCUUGCUCUCGCUGCUGGAACUGAUUCUUCUCUAAAUCAGGACAUAAAAGGUCAAAGAAUGACAAUGGUCAGUCUGCUUUUCGAGUACGGUGCGGAUCCAGCUCGUGCUGGAGGCGGCGGCGCGUUGCUCUCUGCUGCGGGCAGUGGGAACUAUGAAAUGGCUCACUUCCUUAUCGACAACGGCACUGUCAUAAAGUGCCCCGAAUUGGAUGUUCCUCAACAAGCAGCUAUGGACCAAGCAGUGGAAGAGCGCGAUUUUGCAAUGAUACGAAGACUGACAAAUGUCAUAUGGCCCCCUCGUCCGAUACGUGGUUGCCCUCGAGAUAUCCGAACAAGAGAAGCAUGCAAUAGGGUAGGGAUUCCGCCAUAGACUAUCUAUGAGUGCUUUAAAGUAGGGAUGCCGAACUAGGUCAUAUAACCAUCUGUACAUAUACAGCGGGAAUUUAGCCAAAUAAUGGCCUUCAUUUGCGAUAGCUAGGCGUGGUAAGAGAUAAUCAACAGCUAAAAAGGCUCCCAUAUUGACUGAUCGGAGUAGUGAACCAGUUAGUUACAGGUUAAUUCAUCAGUUUCGUAUGCAUUACUAUGAAUAUAAUGGGCAGACCUACGCCGCAAUCCUUUGCCGUAGGAAGGUCACAGGCCUCUAUACCAUCACCUUAUACUACCUAGGUAGGUAGGUACUGUAGGUAGGUACCUAGGUACAGUACCUAUUAGAAUAAUCAAACCUCUAAUCAGUUUGACAGCUUCAGCCUUUAUGAAGGACUAAUCGGAGGGAGGCGCUAAAUAGUAGCAUAAAAGGCAAUCUAUCAG